UGUGGAAGAGCAGUACUUGUCAGUAAAUCCAGUUGUUAUUGCCUCCUCUCUGUAUCUUUCAGGCUUUCAGCUGUCCAACAUCCAAUCAACCGUGCAUCUCUACACCGUAAAAAAGUACGGUAGGUUAGCCAAUGCUAGCAUCUUACGACAAUCGAGCUGUGGCUUAGCUUACUGAGGGCACCAAGGCAAAGUGUCCAGAAGAAAUUAUGGCUGCCAAGCUUGUAUCCUUCUUCGUCGUGCUCCUCUUGAUUCGUAUGGCCUCGUCCGCCGACGAAGGCCAGUUUGUUUACCAAGGCUUCGCCGCGACGAACCUUACUCUGGACGGCCUCGCCGCGGUGACGCCUGACGGCCUCCUCGCGCUCACCAACUUCACGUACCAGGCGAAAGCCCACGCCUUCCACCCCGCCCCUGUCCACUUUCUCAACAAGUCCACGGCGCCGUCGACGGACACCACCGCGGCGCGGUCCUUCUCGACGUGCUUUGUCUUCGCCAUCGUGUCCGGCUACGACGGGCUCAGCGACCACGGCCUCGCCUUCGUGGUCUCCCCGACCACGAACUUCUCCACGGCGAAAGCCGGUCAGUACCUCGGCCUCCUCGACGCCACUAACGGCACGGCGAGCGACCGCAUCCUGGCGGUCGAGCUCGACACCAUCAUGAACCCCGAGUUCCGCGACAUCAACAGCAACCACGUCGGCGUCGACGUCAACAGCCUCAUGUCAGGGCAGGCCCAGCCGGCCGGUUACUACGACAACGCAGCCGGCGGCGCCUUACGGGAAUUGAAGCUAAACAGCCGUAAGCCGAUGCAAGUGUGGGUGGACUACAACGGCCAGGGAAGGCAGCUUAACGUGACGCUAGCUCCGGUUCAAGUGCCAAAGCCCAAGAAACCUCUGCUCUCCGUGGCUGUUGAUCUUUCCACGGUCAUGGCGGAUCCGAUGUACGUCGGCUUCUCGUCAGCGACCGGAGUCGUGUUCACGCACCACUACGUGCUCGGAUGGAGCUUCAGCUUGGACGGACCUGCGCCACCUCUCGACUUCUCCAAGCUUCCCGUCCUGCCACGCUUGGGUCCGAAGCCUCGGUCCAAGGUCUUGGAUGUCCUGCUGCCACUCGUCACCGCAUUGCUCGUGGCAGCAGUGCUAGCAGCCGUUUUCUUGGUCGUAUGGAGGAGGCGCAGGUACGCGGAGGUGCGGGAAGAUUGGGAGGACGAGUUCGGUCCGCACCGGUUCUCAUACAAAGAUUUGUUUCACGCCACUGAUGGCUUCAAGGAUAGGAAUUUACUCGGUGUCGGAGGGUUCGGGAGAGUAUACAAAGGGGUACUUCCGGCGUCCAAUCUGGAGAUUGCGGUGAAGAGGGUGUCACACGAUUCAAGGCAAGGAGUAAGAGAGUUUGUCGCUGAGGUGGUGAGCAUUGGCCGCCUUCGACACCGGAACCUUGUGCAAUUACUAGGCUACUGCAGACGCAAAGGUGAGCUUCUCUUGGUGUACGACUACAUGGCAAAUGGUAGUCUUGAUAAGUAUCUAUACGGUCAACACAUGCCCACUCUUUCUUGGCACGAGAGGUACCGGAUCAUCCAAGGUGUGGUGGCAAGCCUCCUAUACCUGCACGAGGAUUGGGAGCAAGUUGUUAUCCAUAGAGAUAUAAAAGCAAGCAACAUCCUCUUGGACCACGAGAUGAAUGGCCGGCUCGGUGACUUCGGCUUAGCCAGAUUGUAUGACCAUGGCACCGAUCCUCAAACCACUCACGUGGUUGGAACCAUGGGGUACCUUGCACCAGAGCUCGUGCGCACGGGGAAGGCAACGCCUUUAACUGAUGUGUUUGCGUUCGGCGUGUUCCUCUUGGAGGUCGCGUGUGGGCGGAGGCCAAUUCAUCACGGCGACCACAGCAAUCGAGUCGUGCUGGUCGAUUGGGUGAUUGAGCACUAUCACAACGGCUCAAUCCUCGACGUGGUGGACCCGCAACUUCUGGGGAAGUAUGAAACGGAGGAGGUAACCCUUGUGCUGAAACUGGGUCUGAUGUGCGCACACCCAUUGCCUGAUUUGAGGCCUAGCAUGCGAAAGGUGAUGCAGGUCUUGAACUCGAGCCAACCAAUUCCUGAUUUGUCACCUAGCUAUGUGAGCUAUAGUACUAUGGCGCUAAUGCAGAUUGAAGGGUUUAAUUCGUACGUCAUGACAUCGGGUCCAUCUACGAGCAGUGGUGCAUUCUCCGCAUCUGUUGUAUCAGAGGGGAGAUAAUCGGGGCAUCGGGCUAGGACUAGUGCUUGUAGCCUGCUAUGUGAUAUUUCCCCUUUCUUCUGUAGUUGUGUGCCCGCUAUGCAACUUUUCCCUCUCUGAAAUGGCAUAUCUUAGCAAACAAAAGAAGUAUGAUGUUUGUUCCAAUGAAAUGUCGCGAUGCCUGCAAAAUAAUGUGGCAGUGAAUUUUUAUCUAAACUCGGC